AUGGAUCCGGACACCCUUGCGUUGCCCGCCAUAGCCGACUGCAUCGUUCUGCAUGACGCCGACUACGCCUCCAGGCGCAACGCCUUCGACGGAUGGAUCACGAAUCCAGAGGACGAAGAGUGGCCGUCUGACGUGCGCCGCGAAGCCCUCAUCCUCGUCGCCGACCCCGCGCUCACUUCGCUGCUCAAAGCGCCAGACUUUGUCACCGGAAAGGUCCUGGACCUCCACCCGGAGCCUUGGAUUGUCACCGUCGACGCCAAGGGUCCAGCGAGUGUGUCGGGCGGCGGGGGAGGCCUGUACAUGGGCUUCACGAGGUCGCGCGCGCGUUCUGAGCCAGCUGUGAGAGCACAUCGGCCCGCGAUCUCUGGCAUGGCUGAGUCCUUUAGAGAGUACGACGGCCAGGUCCCGUUUUAUGAAGGUUCUUCGCGGGGCAAGCUCGUCGAUCCUGCUGGACGGGCUGGAGGGACGGUACAAGUUCCCACAGAGUACGCCGAGGAUUGCUAA